CCGAGCGAUUUCGAGAAGCAAAAGAAAAGAAAAUGGUGUCAACACGUCUCUUCACUCAUCUCAUCUUCGUCUUGUCAAUCACCGUCUCAGUGACCGAAUCCAAACUCUUGGAGACUCCUCACGCCGCUGAGUCUUUCAAUGUCAGCCUCAUCCAGAAAUUGAGGACUAGUUGUUCGUACACAGUGAUCAUCUCGACGAGCUGUUCGUCGUCGAGGUACACUCGCGAUCAAAUCAGCCUCGCUUUCGGCGAUGCAUACGGAAACCAGAUAUACGCACCAAGGCUUGACGAUCCAGCUACAAAGACUUUCGAGCAAUGUUCAUCCGACACGUUCCAGAUAAACGGACCAUGCACUUACCAGAUAUGCUACGUCUAUCUCUACAGGUCUGGUCCCGAUGGCUGGAUCCCUGAUAGCGUUAAGAUAUCUACCCAUGGCUCCAAACCCGUCGCCUUCCCGUAUAACACGCUUGUCCCUGAGAACAUAUGGUAUGGUUUCAAUUACUGCAACAGCGCCUCGGGUUCUAGUGUCGUAGCCACUGGUCUCGGAAGGGUCGUGCUCGUGCUCAUGGGGUUUGUUGUCGUCGGUUUGACAUUGCUUUUGUAAGCUGGUUUGUGUGAAUAUAUUUAGGACUUAUGCUGAAUAAAUGUGUGUACUGUUGUUGAAAAAAUUGGGUCAAGAGAUGUCCCUGAGAUCUGUGUAAUCUUAUGAUGAAGUUACUACUUGCUAAUUUACCAAGUGUGUAGAUUAUUAUUAACGUAACGUAUUCAUUUACAAGUUG